CCCAUCUCAGAGGGGCAUAAAUAAGUGCCUGCUUCCAUCCUGGGCUACACUUUGCAAGCUGAAGAGAAGAUUGCAAGAUGAAAACUCUGCUGCUGUCCUUGGUGGUGGUGGCAUUUGUGUACCUGGAGCCAGGAAUGAAAACCGUCAGGGGAUGUGCUGACACCUGCCCUGUUCCAGGAGAAAAUGAGAAAGUUACGUGUUGCGCAACUGACAAGUGCAACUGCUAGAUCUACAAGGGCCUAAAUUCCUUGAGUUUUGCUCUCAUCCAUCAUGGGCCAUCCUUGAAAAUUUAUGCUCCCGGCCUUUACCACCAGAUGGUCCAUAAUCCCCUUCCCCCCUGCUGUCUUUGACACCUCAUCAUCCUUCCCUUUUCUCUUGUUCUCUAAGUUUCCUUCUGCUAGUUCUGUAGUUUGAGAAUCAAAUAAACCUUAGCAUUCAA